AUGAAGACCUUUGCCCGUCUCUUUUCGUUCAUUGCUUUCCUCCUCUCUGUAGGAUUCCUCGCCCAGGCUUUGCCGACCACCGCUGGAAACGGCCUCGCCGUUCGCGACUACAGCACCCCUGCUGGCUAUAACGGUGGCAGCCCUGGAUCUGGAUCCCCAUCGACUCCCAGCUACAGCAAAGAGUCCUCUCCUUCUUACAAGGAAGAUAAAGGACCUUCUAGUAUCGACCUCGUCUCUGUUGUCGUCAAACUGGAAAAGGACCUUGGUGUAGUUUGCAAAGAACUUGAGGCCAGCGUCGAUAUCAACGCCGCAACAGUCGCUGUUGAUAAAAUUGUCAUUAUCAUCAAGGCCUUUGUGGCAAUCAUUGUUGGCGUCAAGGUCGAUUUGUCAGUUGACAUUAAGACCCAGAUCGCUGUGCAGAUUGUUGCUUGCAUUUCUCUUAUCGUCAAAGCUCUUGCUGCCGUUUGUGUCAGGCUUGGUGCUGACGUCUGCGUUGCUUUGAUUGCCAAGAUCGACGUGUGCAUUCAGCUUCUCUUGAUUACCAUCAACGUUUGCGUUGAUGGCAUCCUCGCUAUCAUCAUCUCCUUGUGCGCCAAACUUGAUGUGCAAGUUCUUGCGGCAAUCAAGCUCCUUGGCCUUGAACUUCUCGUCAAGAUUUGCGCCCUUGUUAAGAUUAUUGGUGCUAUUUCUCUCUAA